AAUCCCGCGCCAUGCUGCUCUUUUCACUGCACUUGCACUCUCCUCAGUUCUCACAUUCACUUCUUCCCCAUGGAAACCUUCAGAAAAUCUUCUAUAAAGCCUUGGAAGAAAGGUCCAACCAGAGGCAAAGGCGAGGAAUCUGCCUUGGCUUAUGAUGAGGCUGCAAGGAGACUCUAUGGACCUGAUGCUUACCUCAAUCUCCCUCACCUUCAACCCAACUCAUAUUCUCAUCCUACGAACAGAUUCAAAUGGAUUCCUUCAAAGGAUUUCAUCUCCAUGUUUCCUUCUUGUGGUCUGCUCAAUAUCAAUGCCCAACCUAGUGUUCAUGUUAUCCAUCAGAGGCUUGAAGAACUCAAGAAGAACAAUGGAGCUCUGAACCAAUCUUCUUCUUCUUCUUCUAGUUUAUCUUCAUGUGAAUCAAAAACUGAUACUCAGGUCAAAAGCAAGAAGAGCCAGAGGCAGAUAGAAAAUCUGACAACCAAGGAGAAAGAUGUAGAUAUUUUGUCAGAGGAAAUGCUGCAGCGAGAGAAACCACAGAUUGAUAUAAAUGAGUUCCUUCAGCAGCUUCGAAUAGUGAGUGACGAAAAGCAGUCACAAACAGAAGGAAUAGCCUUCGGAGAGAAGAGCUUCAACUGGGAUGCUCUGAUAGAGAUGAAUGGAAUUGGAGCAGAUCAUCAAGGAGUCAAUGCCAGCUUCCAUGUUCAUGAUAUUCUAGAGGAGCUAAUGUGGCCUACAUCCAUUUGGACCUACUAAAAUUAGUAAUAAAUAGAUCUCUUGAUCUUCAGUUAAGUUAGGUACUAUGAUGUUUAGCAGUAGUGCAGGUUGCAUUGCCGUAUCAAGAUGGCAUUUUUGUCCAUUUCUGUAAACUUAUUAAGGAGACAGAGUAAGACAUUGUUAUUAACCACUAGUAAUCAAAUUCCUAAAAGUAA